UUUUAAUUGGGGCCGCACGAGCGGCAAUUCGAUAUGGGCGGUAUGUUGUGGUUCCUACUCUGCCCUUACUUGUUGUUAACUUCUGGGUAUAUUCAGGAGUGUUUUUCUCAUACGGUAAUCACUAUUGAACAUGGGUCAUUCACGAACAUCACUGUCAAUGGGUUGGUGUAUGUCGAAGUUAUCAAAAUUCCGCCGUGGAGCAAAUUUGUUGUGUAUCAAGUACACAGCCCAUUCAACCCACUACUAGUGUCCACAUCAGCCUCGUUUACAUAUGACACUUCACAAUACUCGGCUCAUUGCGGCUUAGCUAGUUUUGUUGAAAACAAAACAUUGUCGACAUUCUACGUUUAUUCUACCUAUAGUGUUCCGCUAAUUGUGUGGGUUAAAGCUGUUGCAUAUGGAUCAGAAUUUCCAUUGCCAGGUGGUUGUGGUCGUAGUUCGCGUAGUGGUUUCAUGAAUGCAGCCAUCACUACAGAUAUAAUGACUAAAAAUAUAAAUCUUUCAAGCUCGAAACGCAUUGAGUUUUUAAGCUAUUGGACGUCUUCUCUCCAGCUCUCUGCAGCUUCGGCACCUGUCGGAUCAGGUGGUUUUGCGUGUUCUCACUGGAUUACCGAAAGUAAGCCAUCAGGGAGCCUAGUUUAUCACGUUUAUGGUACACCACUAAUAACUGCUGGUGGUUCUUAUGGAGCCUUCGUGAAUCCUAGUCCCAGUGAAGUUGCAUCAGUCUUAAAAAACAUGGCCAACUUUGGCCAUUCGUCAUUUGUUGGUACUUACAUACAGUCAUUUCACCAGAGUGAAUUCACACCAAAUGAUGAAUUUAUUAACAUAAUCGUCUCACGUCGUCCAGCUACAGCAUAUAUUGUCACUGUUGUUGUGGAGUAUUCAAUUUCUGGUGAUACAUGGCAAGUACCUUAUAUUCCUGUCAUUCUUUUUGGUUGCCCUGCACAAAUUUCACCCAGUUUCUACCGUACUGUAUAUAACCAACCCACUUCAAAUGCUAGUUUGGAAGUCAACUGUGGUACUCUUCCUAAAGAUACACCAGUUAUCCUAUUUCCCGUUGCUGUCUUGCUUCUUGCAGGUUUUCUAUAUGCUACUUCAUGUAAUAUGUGGAUUUGGCCCCGCUGUGCAGUCAGUGCGAUGAUUAUGGGGUCUGUCAUUGGGCUGAUAUUUUUCUACAGAUUUUCAGACGAACCUAAUGAAACUUACCUUAUUUUAAUAGCGAGUGCUUUUUUGCCAGCUUUCUUCGCAUUGUUUGUGUUUGUAAUACUGUGGUGGCGUUACGUUCGUCCUACUUUGUACUACCAACGUAUGUUUGGACAAGGUCCACUGGUGAAGGUGGAAAAUUCUGCAACUGUUCUUGUUAACGAACCGUGGAAUUCAGAUGUGUUAGAUAACAGCUAUCAAAAUGUUGAUGCUCCUUUCGGAUCGUCGUCACAGACUGAACAUACACCAAUUAAUACUGUUAAUGUUUUGGCUCCAGUUAGUGAGGAGGAGUCCAGUAUUUCAGCAUUACAGCUGUGUAACGAUCUAGUGCAUCAACCUUCCCCAGCUCAUUCUGGUGCAUAUGUUUCAAACGAACAGGGUGCUAGUGAUGAUAAUGAAGGUUACACUUGUGUUCGAAUUUAUGGCAUUCAGCUGUGUCGAAGGUCCAGAAGUUCACAAAAAUCUUCAAAAACCUUGGCACGUCCACUUAAACCCUUCACCCUAAGACCUCGUCGCUUUGCUCGUUUACUCCCCGUUUUGCCGACUGUAUUUAUUCUAAUCGGUUAUCUCUCCAUCUCUCUUGAUCGUUCUCUAAAAUUGGACAAAUCUUCGGUUUCUUUUUUUGCGUUCUGUACAAUAAUGUCAGGAUUAUUGCUUGGCUUGCUGAGUAUAUUCAAAAAUUUUGCAUUCGGUAUUUCAACUGCUCUUCUUGGUUUCUACGUUACACUAUGCUGUGCAAGUUUUUUUCUCAUACCAAGCUGUUUAUUACCUCACAUUGUAAUUGAAUAUUUCUUGAUGUUAACCUGUUUUGAUAUAAGACUACGUACUCUACGCAUCCAAUUCUAUGGUCAAUAUGAUGUUAUUGUUGUCGUAAUAUGGUUUGUUAGCAGUAUAUGCUUUGGCUCACUAGCGUUGUGUUUGAUUCGUUUACAAGAUGCACGUGAAUUAUCUGAAGCUCAAAAUUACCAUACAUCAAACUCAAAACAUGCAUACACAAAUACUAAUGCACACACCCCUAGCAAUAGCCUUUCAUUAUUGGGAGAGAUUAGACCAAGUUCCCAAGCUUCAUGUUAUGUACCUCGAAUGUUUCCUGUCCCAAGUUUAUCAUCCAAUGCAAAUUCUGCAUCCAGUUUGUAUAAUUUGCUUUCAUCUCCCAAGGUAUACAAUAAAAUAGAUUCGGAAGGUUCCGUGAACUACCCUGUGCCCGUUGAUUAUUGUCGUCCAUCUAAUCCGUCUUCUUCAAGAGUUUCAACGGAAAAGCAACCAUUAUUACAGGGGUAAGUAAGCUAUUCUAAAUGGUUACUAAGGUUAGAUUAUUCUACUGGCACAAAUAUAGAGGAAAACCACUGAGGAUACAUCUUAAAUUUAGCGUAUGAGAAUAACGUUUUAAUGCUCUCAUGCUAUAACGGGAUCGUACUCCAUUUUUCUUAAAAAUAUGAUUAUACAUCUUCUAUCAUCUCGAGAUCAUGAUAUGUUAGAUUUUGAACUAUCAACUUAGAAAAAUUCAGUGAAUCAGUUCUAAACGUGUUUAUGGGAACAUUAAUUUAUCCAUUUUUAAAAAAUGGUGUUAUAUGGGAACAGGGAUGAAGAACUAAAUCAUUUCAAAACAUACAUUGUGCAAAAAUAUGUAUAUAAUGAUUUGUUAAAUUUUUCGGAAAAUCAUUUUUAAUUGGUUUAACAUUGAAAAACGUUACUGUAGAAAGUCAGGAAAUAAAUAAAUUUGACCAUGUAAGCUGCUAUAAUCUUGCAAUAUAAUUAUUUAUUUCAAAGUCUAUAUUUUUUAAUUUUUACACAAAGUAUAUCUAAUGUGUAUAAGAUAAUUAUUUAUUUAUUCUCUAGUUGAAUCUUUUUUUAUAGGUCUUUUUACAAUAAGUAUGGUGGUCUAAUGGGUACGGGUACUGAUCAUCCUCCUUUAUUGCCCUUAAGUAGAGUUCAGCUGGCUGCUGCCUCACAGUCUUUACCGUUCAGUUCGUCAUCAAGUGUAAAUAUCACAGCGAAAUCGAUACAAUCCGAUGUUGAGGAAAAUUAAGUCAAAACUAACUCUUCUAUAACUUCUAUUCAGUGUAAAUAAUAAUCAUAAAAUGAUAACUAAGUUCAUCUUGCCUAAAAUGUCUAUCUUUAUCAAUUUUUCUCACAUUUUAUCUAGAUCUAUAUUUCUCCGCAGUAUUUAUUAACUAUCGUGUUAUUUUAAGUCUAAAUAUUGUUUUCGAGUGUUUAUUUUACUUGGUAUUUAAAUAAAAUAUCAUUAUUAUAUACUCUGUAUUCAUCAAUGCCUUUUAAUCAUUUAUGAAUUGUGAUCCAUACGUUGCUCUUCAUAACUGCCUAUAAUAACCUUACGUUUUAAUUGGCUACUUAUUAUAUCCGAUACUAGUAGCACAAAAUUGCCAAACUUAAAUUACUAUAUGUUUUAACUUACCUGUCCUCAAUUGUAUUGUAUAAUUAGUGUGCUCACAGAUACUUUGACUAUUUUAAUUGCAGUUUUUAACUGUAUUUCAGGACAUUGACAUAUUUUGUGUAAUACCAGGAUUCAAUAUUGAUGAUCCGUAGUGUCCCAAUUGGAGCUGCACACGACCGAUUCUUACGGAAUUCAGCCUGUUGAUCUCGAAGUUGGGCGUAUAUUGAAUCCUUCAUCCGGUCCAACAACACUGUUAAAAACGUUUCCUGGUACCGAUAGUAGUGUGAUGCCCCCAUAAUAUUACAUUUGCUCAGAUCUUUUUUUGGAAUGUUGAUGAGAUAUCCUUCUUUCCAGUCUGUCUGCACUUGUUCUUCUAUUGUUAUAAUAGUAUUAAUAACAAAACAGACUUAAUUCUAUAUAUCUUCAUAACCGUUGUCCAUUCCGAUUUUACCGUUUACAUUUUCCAUCAGGAUUGUCAGGUCCUUUCAUGGGCACUUCACUGUGACCGUUUGUAGCCUCUCGUAGAACAGAUCUUUUUCGUCAUCAUUGCUAUCGUUGGUGCAUAACGUUCAUUGUAAUACCCUCUUUCUUUUUUCCGAAUGGCACUUUGAUGAUCCUGGAUCCAUGAGAUUCCUAUCCUAUUAUAGUACUUCGUGCAUCUUAAGACAGCAUCAGAUCAACUCCCUGAGUGUGUAGAGCAUCUUCCGCUUUGUGAUCGUAUUACAGCAGCAUCCCUCCUGAAUCUAAUCUUUUCUGUCCAGCUUGGGUCCAAUGGGUUUCGCUGAUUCCGAAAACCACGAAGUUGUAUCUCAUUUUUUUAUCUACUUGAUUAGUCCUCCUGGUCUCUCACAUUGUCCAGACAGUCCAUGUACCUAUAAAAAUUAUUGCUCUAGUUGUUAGAAAGGGGAUAGACCUCGUGACUUCCGAACAAUCUCGGUAUUCAUCACGAGGCGUCAUAAUUCAUCCUUCAACUCCCAAGGCAGAGUUUAAAUUGUUUAUUCUGGUUAGUGUUUUUUAGCAAGUUUGUUUUUUACGCGAUGGGGUUGUUGACUCCACGUCCAACCCUCCUUUUUUUAUCCGGGGUUGAGACCGGCAAUAAUCCUAGAAGAGCUACUGGUGGAGUAUAGCAAAUAAAAUGACUAGAAUAUAUAAUUUGCAUAUAAAAUAAAAACAGUUUCUAGGGAUGUCUUGAAGUCUCCAUAUGAAUAGUGCUUAAAAGCAUAUGCGUUGGUUUAAGUUAAUUUUUCAGGUGAGAAAAUUGUUUACUUAUGUAGGAUUCACGUUUUGUAACAGUGAGGUUUUUCUUCAUGUGAGACAAUGGAGUAGAAGGAAGGUAAUAACCAAGUCAUCUAUUCAAGCAGAAUAAUAUAUAAUAUAAUAAUGAUUUAGUAUAUCAUAAAAAUGGUUAUAUUUAUAGACCGAUAAUCGCGAGGAUUUUCACUCUAAAGUAGCCGUAAAUUGUAUAUAGUUUAUGUUUUUACAUAAGAAUUUGUUUGAACUUUGUCUGUUAAGUAGUAGUUUAAGUUGAUGACGUUUUGAAAUUCAGUUGGUUUUUAAAGUCAAGUUAUAUCAAUGGAAGACAUGUUGCACAUAAAUUUUAUAUCUAUCCCGAAUAUAUUUAGUUGAAAAUAGUGAAAUAUAGCACUUGAUAUAAUUUUAUUGAUUUUCUACUGAUAAUAUAAAUGUCCAUGGUGCAUAACCAAUGAUGCAUGUGAAUCAAUAUUAUAAUGUGAUUACAGGAUAAUAAAUGUAUCUAAUUUA